AUAUUUUUAAUGGGUGAUGCAAAAAUAUUUUUUCUCCAAGGAUUUGAACAGUACUUUCUGUUCAAAUACUAAUAGCACAAUUUGUCAACAAGAUCCAGGAUCAUGAAGCGCUGCUUCAUUUCACCUGCAGGAGACAGCAGCGAGCACGAGAAAAAUCUACACUACUUACACCAACGAAGAAGAAACGUCAACAGGAAGCAGUACUGCUGCAAUUUAAGUCGUCAGGCAGAUCUUCAGCAUGGCGGGUAGACGAGCUUUGAAGGCUGUGCUCAUUGACCUCAGUGGAACUCUACAUGUAGAAGACACCGCAGUGCCUGGAGCGCAGGACGCCCUCCACUGUCUACGGCAGGCAUCUGUUUCUGUGAAGUUUGUGACCAACACAACCAAAGAGAGUAAGAGGAACUUACUGGAAAGGCUGCAACGUCUCAACUUUGACCUACAGGAAAAAGAGAUCUUCACAUCUCUGAGUGCAGCAAGAAGUCUGUUAGAGCAGAAACAACACAGGCCGCUGCUGCUGGUGGAGGACAGCGCUUUGGAAGACUUCACUGGGAUUGACAUGUCACAUCCCAACGCUGUUGUUGUUGGACUUGCUCCUGAUCACUUCAACUACCAGACUCUCAACAGGGCCUUCAGAAUGAUUUUGGAUGGAGCUCCCCUUAUCGCCAUACAUAAAGCUCGCUAUUAUAAACGUAUGGAUGGUUUGGCUCUUGGCCCUGGGCCCUUUGUGACAGGACUUGAAUAUGCAGCAGAAUGUAAAGCUACUGUAGUGGGAAAGCCUGAAAAGACGUUUUUUACACAGGCUCUGUCUGAAUUAGGAUGCAGCCCCAGUGAAGCUGUCAUGAUCGGAGAUGAUGUCAGAGAUGAUGUAGGCGGGGCUCAAAACGCAGGAAUGUUGGGUAUUCUGGUCCGAACAGGUAAAUACAGAGAGGGAGAUGAAAAUAAAAUCAGCCCACCUCCUCACCUGACAUGUGACAGUUUUCCAGAUGCUGUUGAACACAUCCUGCAGAAUCUUCUCUGAAGCUACAACUAAUAAAAACAAAAUCUUAUGGUAAUUAUCACUAAUGCAGUGUAAUCAUAUUUCAGAGAAGGCAGUUAUACCUUUAUUGUGGUAAAAACAUUAAUAAAAGGAGAAUAACUCAGAUCAAUUUCAAACUAGAAGUUUGCAAAGAAAAAUAAAACCAGCAAGUUGUCAGUUAUCUCCAGUCACUGUAAAAACACUUUGUCGUGUCAAGUUGUGUGAAAAUACUCGAAUAAAAAAGAAAAUACAACAUUUGUCA